CCUUUUCCAAUUAGGAAUGGAGGUUAUGCAGGAUGCAGUGGAUGUGACUCUGGAUCCUGAGACUGCUCAUGACUACCUCAUCCUGUCUGCUGAUGGGAAACGAGUAAAGCAUGGUGAUACAUCACAGAAUCGCCCUGACAACCCCAAGCGCUUUGAUCAGGUCGUCUCUGUCUUGGGAAAGGGUUUUACUAUGUCAAAGCGCUACUAUGAGGUGCAGGUCAGUAGGAAGACGUCAUGGGUAUUAGGAGUAGACAGACAGUCCAUCAACAGAAAAGGACCGAUUGUUUUGACUCCUACAAAUGGCUACUGGGCAAUGUGGCUGAUGAAUAACCAGUACAAGGCACUAGAUGAUCCCCCUGUCACCCUCUCCCUGAAAGAUAAGCCAGAGCGGGUGGGGGUGUUUGUGGAUUAUGGGGCAGGUUUGGUCUCCUUUUAUGACGCAGACAGGUGGAGUCUAAUCUACUCUUACAAAGGUGUCAUCUUCAAGGAGAUCAUCUACCCUUACUUCAGCCCCAGUACUAAUGAUAAAGGCAAAAACUCUGCUCCAUUGGUCAUCGCUCCAUUCUAUGAUACGGGCCAUUAGUCUGCCGUAUUAACAGAUAUGUUGAGAAAUAUACUCCUGAUCCUUUCAAAUCAAUUAAUUUCAUUUCUGUUAGGUCCAUUACAAUCAAACGCAGGCGAUAAAAUUCUGUUUGAUUUUUUGUAUUGAAUAAGUCAUGAAUAAAAGU